UCUUCCAUACCACCAUGUUCUUGAUCGGCUUCUACUUCUUUGCUAAUAUUGCCUACGUCGGCAUGGCCAACGGCGGUGUUACCUCCUCGACCCUCCUCCUUGUCGUCUCCAUCGUCGUUGGCAUCUUUGGUGGUCUCCUCUUUGUCUGCUGUUCGCGACUUGGCGUCGCCGUCUUGGGCGCUUUGGCCCUGUACUCCCUGGGUCUCUGGAUCUUGGGCUGGAAGUCUGGCGGCGUGAUUACCUCCAGCACCGGCCGUGGCAUCCUGCUCGGUGUCCUUGCUAUUGUCGGAUUCAUUUUCGGAUUCAUUCGUAAGCACGAGACCGUCAUGAUCGGUUCUGCCCUCGUCGGUGCCUACUCCUUCGUAGCCGGUGUUGAUUUCUAUGUUCACACCGGUUUCCUUCAACAGACAGACUCGUUUAUCAACUCCAAGAACGGCAUCGACAAUCGCGUUGGCAAACUCACUGGUGCCCAGUACGCCCUGUUGGCAUCCUUUAUAGUAUUGGCUAUUUUGGGCAUGGUCGUUCAGUUCCGUUGGUGGGGUCGUCGCACCUUCCGCCCUGCGCCCCCUGCUCCUGCUGCCGAGAAUGUUGUCUACACCGAAAAACCCUCGCGCUUUGGAGGGCUCUUCCGUCGCCGCCACUAAAGACAAACACCUCACAAUGUAUAUCUUACAUAACUAACAUUACUUUUACUAUAAAAAAUAAUAAUAAACUAU